AUGAUUGGACGUACCACCAAGAGUUUUGCUGAUAUAGUUAUGGCGGGAGAAAUGAUUGAGAAUGCCAUAAGAGGUGGCAAGAUAGAGGGGGAAACUACUAAAAGAUCAGCCUCAAGAAAGAAAGAUAAUGAGGGAUCUAGUUCGAGACAGAAUUCUGAAAAGGUCUCAUUUACGCCUAUCCCAGUGAUGUAUCGGGAGCUUUAUCAAAGUUUAUUCAAUGCACAUGCAAUAGCUCCUUUUCAUUUGAAACCGUUACAACCCCCAUAUCCCAAAUGGUAUGAUGCAAACACCAAAUGUGAGUACCAUGCAGGGAUAUCGGGGUAUUCAAUUGAAAAUUGCACUGGUUUUAAGAAGGCAGUGGAAAGACUAAUCAAGAUGGGGGUCGUAAAAUUUGACGACACCCUUAGUACAGAGAACCCGUUGCCAAAUCAUGAUGAUCAAGGGGUAAAUACAGUUAGGGAUACUGGUAUGAGAAGGGUUAAAAAGGGCGUGGCCGAAGCGAGAACACCGAUGAAAAUGAUUUGGGAAGAAAUGGUGAAAAGAGAGAUGAUAAUCUCUAAAGAAAGGAAUAGAGGAGUGAGAGACUACUGCGAAUUCCAUGCUGAAGAGGGACACGAGAUCCAGGAAUGUGACGAGUUUAAGGCCUUAGUACAAAGCCUUAUAGAUAAUAAGGAGCUGGAAUUUUAUAAAUCUAGCUCAGAUAAGGGACGGAUAUGCACAUUAGAAGAUGGACCGAAGAAUCAAAAUCGGCCAAGGAUCAUUAUUUCUUUACCAAGAAAUAAUGAAGUUGAAAUACGAACGGUACCGAAAGUCUUUAUUCAUAAACCUGUUUCCUUUCCUUAUAAGGAGAACAAGAGGGUACCUUGGAAUUAUAGUUGCAAUGUGACAAUGCCGGAGAAGGAGGAUAUAGCAGGUGCUUUUGAGGAGAUUCAAGAAGGCGUCAGAGUGAAGCCUGCAAAAGCAAAAGCUUGUGACAAAGGAAAGGGGACUGAAAUAUUGGUUAAUGGGCCAGUGAAGGAAGAAGAAGCCAGAGAAUUUCUAAAAUUCUUGAAACACAGUGAGUACAGUGUAGUUGAGCAUUUGCGCAAACAACCAACUCGUAUAUCAGUAUUGGCUUUGCUUCUGAGUUCGGAGGUACAUCGUGAGGCGUUAAUGAAGGUGCUCAACGAGACUUAUGUUACUAAUGAUAUAUCCAUCAACAAGUUGGAUCGAUUGUUUAGUAACAUAAGUGCUGACAAUUUCAUUUAUUUCAACGAUGAUGAAAUCCCACAUGGAGGCAUGAGAUCAGCUAAGGCUUUGCACAUUACCACUCGCUGCAAAGGAUAUACAUUUUCGAGUGUGCUUAUUAAUAAUUGGUCAGCCUUAAAUGUCAUGCCGUUGUCUACAUUGAACAUAUUACCCAUUGAUAGUUCUCACACGAAAACAUGCCAUAAUGUAGUGAGAGCAUUUGAUGGCACGGAGAGAAAGGUCAUGGGAAGAAUUGAUAUUCCUUUGAUGAUUGGGCCAAACACAGUUCUUCAAUCAACAUUCAUCUUAGAGGGGAAUGAGGUGCCGGUGCCUAGGAUAUCCAGAACCACAAGAAUAGGUUUACAGAUGACAGUAGGGAAAGAAGCCUUGCCAGGAAAAGGAUUGGGAAGAUAUCUCCAAAGAGGGAUUCAAGAUCCUGAAUUAAAGGAGAAAAGAGACCGUUUUGGCCUGAGUUUCAGGCCAGAUUACAAGCAGAGGAGGAAAGAAAUAGAGAAGCGCCAAGAAAGAAUAAUGGCACGUUUAGAUGGAAGAGAGGUAGAGUGGGAACUGAUGACAUUCCCCCAUAUAUCUCAAACCUUUAUAUCAAGAGGGAUGAUUCUUCCUGAGAGAGGAUUGCUCGAAAAAGGAGGUUAUCACAUCAAUGUUGUGCAUAAUGAAGAGUUUGAAUGA